AUGCCGGUGCCGGUGCCGCCGCCGUCUCCAGCAGCGAUGACGGCCGACAUGCAUGACGUGCCACCGCCUCCUCCGGUAUCGACAACGCCCCCUCCAGCAGAGACAACCUCGAGCUCACAGGAAGCCCACUCCAACUCCACCUCCAACUCCGGGCCGGGUAACUGCCCGGUGUGCUUCGAGCCAUUACAUGGCGGUAGCAACAUCAUGGCGGCUUACGCGUGUAGCCACGUGUACCACACGCCGUGCAUUGAGCCGUGGCUCCACCAAGGAGGCCCUUGUCGCGUGUGUCAGUGCCCUCUCAACUCUACCUUCACCUCUAGCCACGUCCCCAUCUCCACUUCCAACUCCAACCCCACCUCUACCCCCAUCCCCACCUUCAACUCCAACUCUCGUGCUAACGCGCCACCACUUCCUCGAGUAGCAACAACGCACUCCCGCAGAGACGUGCCACCGCUUCCUCGAGCAGCCACGACGUCCUCCUGCACAGACAUGCCAUCGCCUCUCCUAGAAGCAACAUCGUCCUCCCAGAUAGACAUGCCACCGCCUUCUCGAGCAGCGCAGCCCCGCCGCCCACAAGGAGCCAACUCUAACACCGCCACCAACUCCGGCCUCGGUAACUGCCCAAUGUGCCACGAGCCAUUACAUGGGCGUACUAACGUCAUGGCGGCGCAUGCUUGCGCCCACGUGUUCCAUGCGUCUUGCAUUGAGCCAUGGCUACACAACCGAGGGUCCUGCCCCAUAUGCCAGUGCACCGCCAACCCCACCUCUGAUUCCACCUCCACCCCCAGCUCUAACCCCACCUCUACCUCCACCCCUAGCUCUAACUCCACAUCUAGCCCAAUCGACGAUUGUCCGGUGUGCCUCGAGUCCUUGCUCGUUGUCGGUGGUGACGUCAGGGCGGCUCAUGCGUGCGGCCAUGUGUUCCACUCGCGCUGCAUUGAGCCAUGGCUCCACCAACAGGGUUCGUGUCCCGUGUGCCGAUGCACUGUCAACUCAACCUUCACCUCCACCUCUACCCCCAACACCACCUCUACCUCUAAUUCCAAUUCCAUCCCUAUCUCCACCAUCACCUCCAAUGCCAUUGGCAAUUGCCAGGUGUGCCUUGAGCCCUUGCAUGCUGAUAGUGGCGACAUCAGAGCAGCUCACGUGUGCGGCCAUGUGUUCCACUCGCGAUGCAUUAAGCUAUGGGUACGCCAAUGGGGAUCAUGCCCCGUGUGCCGGUGCACUGUUGUCUUCAACUCCAACUCCGGCGGCGAAUGUCCAAUGUGCCUCGAGCCCUUACUCGUUGGUGGUGGCGACGUGAGGGUGGCGCACGUGUGUGGCCACAUGUUCCACUCGCACUGCAUCGAGCGGUGGCUACGCCACCGCAACUCCUGUCCCGUGUGCCGUUGA